AUGGGAGAUCCUUAUCCAUCCUUAGGAAUUCUUAGUCUGGAGUACCCGUCGACUGGUAGUUUACCAAGCUUGGAAAAAAUGGAAUCUUCUCAAAUCUUCGACAAAUUUUAUGCGAAAGAUCUGGAUCCUCCAUCACAAGUUUCAAGACCAACUUUUGACUUGGGUUUAGGACCAAGUGAUCAAAAUGGAGAAGAGGUGCAGCAGCCUGCAAUUGAUCUAGCUGCAGCUGAAAAAGCUCGUUUGAAAGCUGAUCUUCAGCAACCUGAACAAGAAGGAAUAAGGAAACCUUGGGAUCCCAUUCCAUUCAAUGAAGUAGAAAGGAAGAAGAAAAUGAAGAAUGACAGAAAGCAACAGCCUACUAAAAAAUUAGAGAGUCUUAAGUAUCCAGUUUUAGAUGCUGAAAAGGCAGAGGAAGCUCGACUGAAGAAGAAUAUGAGCGCCGAAAAAGCUAAAGCAUAUGCUGAGACUCUCCAACUUCUUUCUGAGCUACAGAAGAUAAUUAUAAUUACCAAAAAAUCUCUCAUUUUUUUUUACGUUUAUGGUAUAUUGAAGGAUAACGAACCUGGAGUUAGUCAAACAUCAGAGGAAGAUGACGUAAUACUUGCCAAGAGACUCGAAGAUAGGCUGGCUACAAAGAGUAAUGAAGUCAAACCAAUAGCGAAGUCGACCACGUCAGUCAUGGACAAGGAGAAGAAAAAGCCGACUAUCUCAGCCAAGGAGAAGAAACUUACUCCAAAAAUCACAUACACCCCUCAGAAGCCAGUAACUCGGAGCCACCCGCAGAAAAGAGUUGAUCCUGAGUUUGCUAGUGGCAAAGGACUGUCGGGACAUAAAAGGCGAAAAACAAAGUCCAGAACUGAAAACCCAGUUGGAAAAGAUUGCCCAACAGAGAAAGUUCAGAAAAAGGAUAGCGAGAAUGUGAGAAAGAGAAAAGCUAAAGGUGAUCCAAAUCUGCAAGAACUUACUAAAAAAGUGAAGAAUGCACGCAAGUUGUUGAGCCUAAGGAAAUCUCCGUUCUAUAAGGAUUUGAGUUCACAACAAAGAGCGCUUCUCUCUCAUUUUUUUGACAAAGCUACCUCAAUCAACAGUGCUUGGAAAGCUCCUGCUGUGAUUGGUCAUCACAUAUUAUCUGCAGAGACCUUUGAAGAUCUGCUACAUAACAGGGAUUUAGAGGGAGAUCUUAUAAAUUACUGGCAAUACCAACUUAAAAAAGCAUAUCAUAAUGAGCAACCAGUGAAUGGACAGAGAAAGUACAUUCCAGUACUCCACAUUGAUCCAACAGGCUGGUUUUAUUUAAGUGACCCAGUACAUCAAGUAGCAGCAAACACUGCUGUAUUCUUACCCAUCAGGAAUAUGGAGGAAGGAACCAGGAAGAUUAUUAUUCCAAUGUCACACCAAAACGUGCAUUGGACGCUUCUUGUGUAUGAAUGCGAGAAAGGCGAAUUCUUCCACUACAACACUUGGGAAGCUGUAUCCAAAAAUGAGUGUCUCGAUAAUGCUAAUCUUAUGGCAGAAUACUGCUUUUUAGCAAUUAAUGAACGCUUUUCGAGCCUGCGCCUUCCACUUGUAAGCAGAGUAAAUAUGAUUAGUUACCCAACACCUCAACAGGGAGACUAUCCAGAUUGUGCAAUAUAUAUCAUGCACAUCAUGAAGAAAGUUGCAAAGGAGGAAGUAAUUGAUGGAGUGCGAAUGAGCUUGGGAGACCCAGAAGAACUAAAGGACAAAAUACAUAAGAAGAGGAUCUCUUUAGCAUGCAAAAUACUCUCAGCAACAUCUCCUCCUGAGGAGAGCUGGAAUAUUCAUGCUCCAAAAGGUUUUUAAGACAGUGCUUAUAUGAAUUAGGAAUGCAUAAUAUAAGUUAUCAUAGAGAACAUAUUCAGAGUUUGCUAGUUUGUUUUAGACAAUAUCAAAGUUUAGUAAUUAUUCUUAUUUAUUUUGAUAACAGUUGUUCUCGAAACUAUGGUGUUUGUGUUUAAUCUAUGUACAGUUGUUUGGCUUUAUAAAA